ACUCUCUCCCUCUCUCGCUCAAAUCGCUUCCCUCGCUAUCGCCAUUUCUGGCUUCUGCCUCCAUUUUCGCUCUCUGGAUAUUCAGCUUCCUCUCUCACCCUCUCCAAUCUCCCGAUUUUCUAAUCUAAAGCUGAAUCUUUCUCGAUCUGAAAGUUUUCCGAAGUAGGAGGUCUCUGUUAAUCUAUGGUCUGGAUUGAUAAUUUCCGUUGUUUCCAAUAGUCGUAUUGGUAGUUAAUCUAUAGGAGACAGUUGUAGUAGCUCUCACUGGCUAUAGAGAGAGCAGUGUCUUCUUAAACAAUCGGGAGGAUCAAGAAGAUCAACUCGUAUGGGGAAGGUAUCACCAAAGGACUCGGAUUCGAAAAUCUCAGCGAGAAAAAAGAAGUUGAAAAGUUCAAGUAACAAAUAUUUAAAGCCAGGGGCUCUUGUUCAGCUAUGUUACAGCAAAGCUUCGGCUGCUGCUAAGUCAUGCAAUGACCUGGAUUUGGGGAAGAAACGAGUACCUGUGUUUGAUACCAAGCUCACAAGGAACACUAAAAUUGCAGCUGAACAUAACAAUUCUCCGAAAAGCCCUCUGAUGUUGUCGCCAGUCAACAUCGUUAAGCGGAGUAACCUGGUGAGGCCAAUGAAGUUUGAUGAUCUGGAGGUGGAGAGCAAGGUUUGUAAGAAAAAUCCUCUGAUGUUAUCUCCGAUGGGUAUUGUUAUGCAAAACACGUUGGUGAGGACACCAAAAACACCACAAGCUGAUCCUUGCAACUCAGAAUCUCAGUUUGAAUCUCUACCCAUGGAUUUACUGGUUAAAAUAGUUUGUCAUCUGCACCAUGACCAGCUGAAGGCAGUUUUCCAUGUUUCUCAGAGAAUAAGGAAGGCUACCUUGAUCGCACGACAAUAUCAUUUCAACUAUACAACACCAGACCGCUCAAGACAGGAAAUGUUGAGUGUCAUUACCCCAAUGCCAAUAAAUCGUUGGCCAUUUCUUAGCAAAGAAGAUGGAAACCUAGCAAUCAUGCCUAGCCCACAUACCCCAAAAGCACCAAAACAUGCUCCUCGGCCGCCUUGUCGAACGAAAUUCACAGAGAUGAAGCAAAUCACUGCUGUUCUUUUCCAAGACCAGACAACAUUCCCUUCAAGAUGCAUGGUUCCUUCUGUUCUCCAAAGGCCGACUUUGUUCAAACCACUGGCUCCAAAGCACCCUCGAGUGCUUUUUUACGAGGAUGAGUUAUGUCAAGCUGUUGCUCAAAACAACCUUCGCUGAUUACACUUGCUGCAGUCAGACGCUUCAUAUUGCUUUUCCUUCUCUGUUCAUAUUAUGUUUGUUUUUAUCGCCUUGAUCAUUGUUCAUGAUCAUCUUCAUCAUCAUCAUCAUCGUCAUCAUCUUCUUCAGUUAUAGACUAUAGAGUAAGUAGCAUGCAAGUUUUGUAGCAGUGCUAGUACAGGGUUUUAGGUUUACAUGGCGCGUAGUCGUCUCAUCUUAAGGUUUUUAAGUUUUAAGUCAUCUGAGUUUGUCAUAAAUAAGCAAGUUUUUUUUUUUUUGAAUUGGUCAGUUGAGUCUUGUGUAUAUUUUCUGCAUUUGUCUGGAACUCUGGAUCAUUGGUUUCUUUCCCCCUUUAUUGUUUU